CGGGCGGCAGUGCCACACGAAUCGUCGCGGUGAACGGCGGCUCGAAUGCCAGCUCUCGAUCGCGAGACUCGAGUUAAUCGUUUAUACCGAUAGUAUUCUCCUUCGCUAUCGUAACUCGCGCCUCGCUCGCGAUCUCUCGUCUUCCGCCGUGCAAGGAUCGCGAACCGCGCCCUGCUCGAAAUUUUUAGCCUCCAAGUGUUGAGUUUCAAGACUCCGUCUCCGACUUUUAGCACUUUCGAUCCUGAGAGAUUUUUCCGAUUGCUUGUGUUUUUUGAAUCGUCCAACAGCGAUACUGCAUGAUGUACGCAUUGCUAUUGGUGAUCGCGUCGCUUCUUGCUUCUUCGAGUAUUCAUGUGCUCGCACGCGAUGUCGAUUUUUGUCUUGCGGAUGAAGAUAACCCAUAUUUGCACAUGGCCACGAAAACUGCUUACCACUUCGUACACAGUGGCAAAACUCGGUUCGAGACUGUACCACACUGCCGACCAGUGCAAAUCUGGAUGCUUGCGACACACGGAACACGUUGCCCAACCCUCAAUGAAAUUAAUGAGAUCAGCAAUCUAACUGAUCUCAAAAAUCAGAUACUUCACAAUCAUGAAACACGCCGCGACGGUCGCCUGUGUAAUCGAGAUCUGGAGAAUCUGCAGAAUUGGAAGCCAAACGAGUAUCUGAUGCCGCAGCGGGCGGAAAACCUGACGCCGCAGGGGGUUGAGGACAUGAAGCUGCUGGCGAGAAGAUUGCAGAGCAACUUUCCGGAGUUGUUACAACCCAAUUCAAGCAACAUUACAUCCACUAAUUACAAGUUCCGCGGCACCGAAGCACGCGACAGUAUGUCGUCUUUCAUGGAAAGUUUGUUCGGCAGCAGAAAUAUUAUACUUCCCGAAGAGAGCUCCCUCAAUGAUACUUUAUUGACCGCGUACAAAACGUGCAGCUUGUGGGACAAUUUGAAGGAUGAGCAAGUGUUUGAAAAUCCGGAACGCAAAAAAUUCGAGACAGGACCAGAGUUUCAGAAUCUUCUGAAGAACGUUAGUCGACGACUCGGUUUUCUGUAUAACAUAUCCAUUGAAAACAUUGACGCUAUGUACGACGCGUGUCGAUACGAAAAGGCUUGGACCGUCAAUCGAUUGUCACCUUGGUGCGCCGCUUUCAGCAAGGAUGAACUUUACGUUUUGGAAUACAGAGAAGAUCUCGAUUAUUAUUACAAAGCGGGCUAUGGACGUGACAUCAAUGCUCGUUUGGGAUGCCCAUUAUUACACGACAUGAUGCAACACUUUUGGAACGUAGCACGCGACGAAAUGUCGAACGAACCCCUGGGCAUCUUUUACUUCAGCGAUAUCGUCAGCCUGCAAAAUCUUCUAACUACAAUAGGUAUAAAUGAGGAUAAAACGCGAUUGACCGCCGACAAUUAUAAGCAUAUGACCGAACGACAAUGGCGCACUUCUUUGAUAUCGUCCUUCGCUUCGAAUCUCAUUGCAGUAUUUUAUAAGUGUAAUGAUAGCAAUAACCGCAACAAAGUGAUGUUUUAUCUGGCGGAAAAACCAGUGCAGUACGAAGGCUGCCGAGUGGGCCUCUGCGAUUGGGAUUUUUUGAAGAGCAAAUUCGGUAAGUUGGCGUCCAAUUGCAAAUUGGACGUCUGCUGGAACACGGGUGGAGCGUCCUCCACUUUACCAAAUUCUAUAAUCAUUUUACUGAUGUGCUAUAUUCUAGUCGGCCUUGGUUUUAAGCAACUAAUUUGUUAACAACUGACAGAUGUGACUAUGGCUAGUCCACGGACACGUCGAGUGUUGGGUGAAUUGAAGCCCAAAGAUGAAAACAAUAAAUGCUUCGAAUGUGGCAACCACAAUCCACAAUGGGUAUCUGUAACAUACGGCAUCUGGAUAUGUCUGGAGUGCUCUGGGAAGCAUCGUGGUUUAGGUGUUCAUCUGUCAUUCGUUCGUUCCAUUUCUAUGGACAAAUGGAAGGAUGUGGAGUUGGAGAAAAUGAAGGUUGGUGGUAACAGAAAUGCCCGAGAAUUCUUUGAAAGUCAACCCGACUGGGACGAAUCCAUGUCCAUCUCGCAACGUUAUAAUACGAAAGCAGCAGCAUUAUAUAGGGAUAAGAUCGUGUCGAUGGCGCGAGGAGAAGUCUGGAGUCCGAGCAGCUCAACAGCAAAGGAUUUUCAACCAUCAAUGUUCGGUGAAAGCAGGCAAGAGCACUCGUAUCAGAGCGAUAUGACCUCUUAUCAAAAUAUGGACAGCCUGAAGACACAGACAGAAACCUUUUUCGCAAGGAAGCAAAACGAAAAUGCCAGUCGUCCAGAUAACAUUCCACCCAAUCAAGGGGGCAAAUACGGCGGUUUCGGUUAUCAAAUGGAUCCACCACCCAAAAGUUCAUCCCAGGAAUUGUUCGAUACUGCUGUAUCUUCGUUAGCCAGUGGCUGGUCAAUAUUCUCCUCCUCGGCGUCGAAAAUAGCGAGCAAAGCUACUGAAAACGCCAUGAAGAUCGGAGGACUCGCGUCGCAAAAGGUUCGCGAUGGCACAUUGUUAGAGGACGUCGGAGCCCAGGUCAAUACUUUCGUUGCUAAGGUGGGAGACAUAACGAGACGUGGGGGAUGGGGUGACAUCGCUGGGACCAAUUCAGCCGAGCAACAAAGGCAGUACGAUUCCAUGGACCGAUAUCAGUAUUCCUCCGAUACGUAUCAGAAUAACGAUUCGAUACACGCAAAUCGCUCCAAUGAGAAAUCGUCCCUCGUGAGAAGUUCCAGUUCGAAGAGUAACAUUUCCACUGGCAAUUCUUCGAAUACGUCGAAUUGCGACUGGGAUUGGGGAAAUGACGCAAAGCAAGCGAGCAAGACAAUAUCCUCGAAGAAGCAGCAGGUGAAAACAGAGAAGAAGGAAGAAUCAUUGAUUAGUUUUGAAGCGGACAAUAAAGCACAACAGAAUUGGAACUCCAAAGCGGAAGACGACGCCUGGGAAAUACUAAAUAAUUGACUCCGAUAUGAUUAGCGCGAAUUUAGGAAAAGGGUGUCACUAUUGACGAAUUAAAGGGAGAAGACGGACAUAUGCCCUGAGGUGUGUUUUUUGCACAACAGCCUAUUUUCCUAAUAUUCGCAAAAUGGGGUAAACUUUUAUUUAGUAAUUUGUGACGCGAUAAGAGCUGCGUUCGAUUAAAUAAUUAGGCUAAUCAACACGUCAAUAAUCUUUCGAGACAAAACAAUAAUAAUUACCUAUCUCUUGAGUGCUACUGCCCUUUUUGAAAAAAUUCUGAAUUUCUAAAAUCCAAAAAUCCCUCAGAAUUAAGAUAGUAAAUAUGAAAAUUUUUCAAAAAAUAAUUUAUAAAAUAAUUUUUAAAUCUGGAACAAAUAUUUUGCAGUACAUCUCUUCAGAGCCAUUCCUGAAAGAAUAAUUUGUAAAAAUUGUUUUUGAUAGUUGCAAUAUAGUUAUAUUGAGAUUUAACCUUUAAAUACGUUUUAAAACAUAUAAAAGUAUAAAUGCGGGGUCUUCUAAGGACUUUAUAUUAUCAAUUGCGUUGCCGGCGAUGUUGCGCAUAUUGUAAUCAUAAAUUAAUAAUAAAUAAAAAUUUAAUAAAUUAUAAA